AUGGACCCCAAUGGCCACUCAGUUCCUGCCAUUUGGCAGGAGGCGCGUAAUACUGAUGGUCGAGUCUAUUAUUACAAUGUACAGACAAAGGUUACACAGUGGACUAAGCCCCAAGAAUUGAUGACUCCAGUUGAGCUCGCGCUGGCGAACCAACCCUGGAAAGAAUACACCACCGAUGAGGGGCGCAAAUAUUGGUACAACACAGAAAGCAAGCAGAGCACAUGGGAGAUUCCGGAAGUGUACAAAAGUGCGCUUGCGCAGGCAUCUGCCUUAGUUCCACCUCCAGUCGCUGCGCCUUCUUUCGUUGCCGGUGGAACUUCCUUCUCGUCUCAACCCCAACAUCGUGACCGUGACGAUUACGACCGCGGGGACCGUGGUGAUCGAGGUGAUCGAGGAUACGGUGACCGACGUGGCGGAUACGGAUCAUACGAAUCAAACAACAUGGCGGCUGCUCCAGACUUCAAGUCGCAGAACGACCCCGACUACCAUUCCCUUGAGGAGGCGGAAAGCGCUUUUAUGAAAAUGCUCAAGCGACACAAUGUGCAGGCCGAUUGGACCUGGGAGGAGACUAUGCGCGCCACCAUCAAAGACCCGCAAUACCGUGCACUUAAGGACCCACGAGACCGCAAGGCAGCAUUUGAGAAAUAUGCGGUCGAGGUUCGCAUGCAGGAAAAGGAACGAGCGAAGGAACGAUUCGCUAAGCUCCGAACAGAUUUCAAUACCAUGCUGAAGCGUCACCCUGAAAUCAAGUAUUACAGCCGCUGGAAGACCAUUCGUCCCAUUAUUGAAGGUGAGACUACUUUCCGGUCUACCAACGACGAAGACGAGAGACGUCAGCUUUUCGAGGAGUACAUCAUUUCACUCAAAAAGGCCCACGUUGAGGAGGAGGCUAUGACGCGCAAGGCUGCUAUGGAUGAAUUGAUCGAGAUCUUGGGUUCACUUAACCUGGAGCCAUACACCCGCUGGGCCGAAGCUCGUGAUAUGAUCCAUUCACACAACAAGUUCCAAAGCGAUGAGAAGUUCAAAUCUCUGACGAAGUGUGAUGUUUUGACUGCUUUUGAAGACCAUAUCAAAUCCUUGGAGCGCGCCUUUAACGAUGCUCGUCAGAAGCACAAGGCAGCCAGGGCCAGAAAGGAACGCAAGAACCGUGAACAGUUUGUGCUUCUCCUCAAGGAGCAAAGAUCUUUGGGUAACAUCAAGGCUGGCUCCAAGUGGAUGAACCUCUGCCCAAUAAUCAAGGAUGAUCCCAGAUACCAUGCAAUCUUGGGCCAACCUGGAUCUUCACCACUUGAUUUGUUCUGGGAUAUGGUGGAAGAAGAAGAGCGCGCGUUGCGUGGACCUCGAAAUGAUGUGCUGGACGUCCUUGAUGACAAACGAUUUGAAGUUACUUCUGAAACCACAUUUGAUGAAUUCAAUUCUAUUGUGUCUAACGACCGUCGCACCUCAAAGAUCGACUCAGAUAUUCUCAAACUUCUUUUCGAGCGCAUUCAAGAGAAAGCUAUCAAACGCAAUGAGGAUGAGAAGCAUGCCGCCGAUCGCCACCAGCGUCGUGCAGUGGAUGCUCUACGAUCUCGAAUUAAGCGCCUGGAACCACCUGUUCGGGUCACUGACACCUGGGCUGAAGUGCAACCUCGUCUUGAGAAAUAUGAAGAAUACAAGGCCCUCGAGUCGGAUGAGCUUCGUGAGUCUGCCUUUGAAAAAGCAAUUCGCCGUAUGAAGGAGAGAGACGAAGACGCAGAGAAGGAUCGUGAACUUUACCCACAGAGCCGUGGAGGCCGACGCGACUACGACCGCGGUGAUCGUGAAUACCGCAGCGGCCGCGGAGAACGCCGAGGACCCAGCGGCCGGGUGAGCCGCACCCCCGAAACCGAUGCUUACGAGGCCGAUCGCCGCAAGGCACAGGCAGACCGCGAGCGUACUUACCGCAAGGUCAGCGGGAUUUCCCCAUCUCGUGAACGUCGCGAUGAGCGCUCAGACCGGGACCGUUACCGUAGCCGGGAGCGUGACUUCGAUCGUGGCUCCCGUUCUGCUAGAGAUCCAGACCGUCGUGAAGACGAGCGUGAACGCCUGUACCGUACUCGUGGUGAUCCCCGUGGAGGUCGUGAUGAACUCGAUUAUGGUGGCGGUGGUGAUACUCGCAGUGCGGCUGGCGGAGAGCGUCGUCGCCGACGUGACAGUGAUGCUGAAAGUGUGGCUAGUCGCUCGGCCAAGCGAUACCGACGUGAUAGCCGUGAGCGAGAGCGUAGCAAGGGUCGUGCUCCUCGACGCGAGCGCUCUGCCAUUCCGGAAGAGGAAGAGCAUGCUAAGCAGGACGAAAAGGCCAUUCAUUCUGGUAGCGAGGAAGGAGAGAUCGAAGAGGAGGAGUAG